AUGUUUCCUGAUUACCUUUCCGACAACUCUGACAUCCAAGACUUUGAGGAUUACGAGGCUCCCAACACCAACUUCCGCGGCGAGGCGACCUGGGGACCCAAGGAGACGAACCCCUUGCCAGUUCAGACCAUUGUCGCUGAGAUGGGACCUGAGCCCAACCUUAUAUCGUACGGAACCAACUUCGACAUACUCCUGGCCGAGGAUCUAGUACACGCACGUAUCCUAGAGCUCGUUGUCGAGAACGCCAUUGAGCCAAACGUUAUUCUCUAUACUAAGAUCAAUCUCGUCAAGCUGGGUGCAAUCAACAAGGCUAAGGCUAGCAAUCUCGAAGAUGCUGAACUCGCAUCUAUGAUGACCGCUGUGAGUCUUGCGCAGAGUGAUGAGAAUGCAAGAUGUCAGACACAAAACAACGAAGAGAAGAUCAUCCGCGAUUGCAUUGAUCAGAAGCACUGGCUUGACAGGACAUCCAAUCUCGAAGUCAAGGUCACGGCCACCGUGAGAAAGAUCAUUAUGACAUCCCACUACACACUACCAGAUGUAAUCAGCAAGACAACGCUCGAUGAUCUUUGUGGUGUUCUAUACGCCAUAAUCUCCGACAACCAUCACAAGACUGCAUCCAAUGCCACAGCAAUUCACAAUCCACCCGAAACCGAUCAUGUCAGCUACACGAACUCGAAUUCGGGACCCCAAAUCAAGCCUGUUAAGCAUGUGCCCAUCGCUGGAAACCGUUUUGGCACGAAUAUCAUCACCCAUCUGACCCUGGUGGGGGGCCUUCCCUUGCGUCCCAGAAAACUGUACAGCACCGACAGAGCCACUUUCAAAAACUUCAUGGGCAAAGUUUCAGAUGUCUUGAAGAAUAUCCAAAGUUCUCAUCACCAUCGCUUGGGAGUCCUGACCCAACAGCAGAUGGAGCAUGGCAACUGGCUUUAUCAAGUUGCAGCAGACAUGGAAAAGCUCGAUUUGGAUCACACGUCAUGGCAAGUGGUGGACGAGACCAGCUUCAAGACGUUCCCAUUCGUCAAGGACACGCAAGUUUUUUUGAUUCACGAGUACCGCCAGAGUAUGCCUGCUCGCAUCAACGACAAGGUCAGGAGCCGACCCCGGGUAUGGAACACCUGGAACCUGCUGGUCGGUCCCACCUUGGCCUCGCCCUCAGCCCCCGAGUUUGUGCCUUGCUCUGGAGGCAUCCUCGUUGCGCCCGUCAGUGUAGGGAUGGCUGCUCUGUCAAAGGCUCUCCCCAGCUCCCACGCUGACGGUCGCAAGGCGGGAAAGCAGCAGGGAGGGAAGAAGAGGGGAGAGAAGAAGGAGGAGGAGAAGGAGGGAGAGAAGAAGGAGAGAAGGACCAAGAGGUACCAGCAAAAGGUAUCGCUUGCUUUCAGAAAGAAGGUGGAGUAG